CGCAGCGCCCCCGCGCCAUGGAGGGAUUCCCCGCCCGCGGGUACGGCACCGGCGGCGCCGACAACCGGCCGCUCUUCGGGGAGACCUCGGCCAGGGACAGAAUCAUCAAUCUAGUUGUUGGUGGCUUAACAACUUUGCUGCUUGUAGUCACUCUAAUCAGUGCUUUUGUCUUCCCACAACUACCUCCAAAACCUGUGAAUGUAUUUUUUGCUUUCUGCAUCUCCUUGUGUUGCAUUUCUGCUGGCAUUCUUAUCUACUGGUAUCGACAAGGAGACCUGGAACCCAAAUUUAGAAAUCUAAUUUACUACAUAUUGUUUUCUAUUGUCAUGUUAUGUAUAUGUGCCAACCUGUACUUCCAUGAAGUGGACAAAUGAAGGACAUUGGAAUACCCAGCAAUGAUGCUGCUGUGUCAGAACUGCUUCCAGCUCAGCUCUCAGCUCCACUCGAGACAUCCAAGUGAGAACCAUCAGCCUGAGAGGAAAAAAGUGGGUUGUGCAAGGAUAAAUCAGUACAUGAUUUUCAUGUAAAUGUAUAUGUAAUGUCCCUCUUGUUGGGGAGAAUUAUUGCCAUAAGACGUGACAUUCUGCUUUUUUUUGAAGAGCUACUGUUGCGCUUAAUGAACAUUCCAGUUGUACUGAUGUUUCAGAAUGGCACAAGCUUUUUCAUUUUGGAAAAAAACUGCACUUUUUUU